UCUAGUCUCUCUUUACUUUAAUGAGGUCUUCAACUGAUGAUGGUGAAUUGAAAGCCUGUAGGUGAACAACACUUCAUUACCAAAACCCAAAGAAGCAGAGUAUCUUCUUCUUCACCAACGAAAACCGAGGAAGAAGUCUGGAAAGACAUUUACCAGUCUACCCUCACUGGCCACCCCUCCUACUCCUCCUUCACCUCCAUUUCCACCACCACCACCUCCUCCGCAACCAGUUUUGGGUGGAAUGACCUUUCAGGACUUCCUUGGUCGACGACCCAUCAGCAGCGACUACCCUUCCUCAAUCUCAACCUCGAUGAGUACCCUUGCCUCUGCCGACCACCCCAUCACAGCGCAUCAAUCCAUUACUACUUCUCCUCCGUCGCCAAUACCACAACCAGCCACCGCCUUGAGCCUCAGCCCCUUCCCUGAGUUUCGUUUCCUCGAAAAUAUCGAUGAUCCUCUCUAUAGGCCUCCUCCUCCUCUUCCUCUUCCUCCUCCACAAUUACAUACCUCAUCCUUAUCUACCUUGGAAGCUUUCGCUUGUUCCCCGGGUUUGUCUCCCUUGUGCAGCAAGAAAAGGGUUUCGGAUUCUGAUGAUCAUAGUUCCAGCAAUCAACACCAUAAGCGUCAGAUCAAGAACAGAGAAUCAGCUGCUCGUUCUAGGGCCAGAAAACAGGCUUAUACGAACGAGUUAGAGAUUGAAAUUAACAAUUUGAAGAAAGAGAUUGAAAGGCUGAGACAAGAGCAGGAACAUCAAAGACAACAUCAACAGCAGCAGUCAUCACUCUUAGGAAGAGCAACAACUCAACUUCCAAAAAAGCACACGCUCUAUAGAACCUCAACAGCUCCGUUUUGAUAAGUGUAUGCGAUGCACAUCCCUUUGACUAUGCUUCUUCUACUCUAGAAGAUUACAAGAACAAGAGAUGAGAUGGGUUUCUUGUAAGAAAAAUAGGUAUCCAAUAUGUUUUACCCAAAAAAAAAAAAAAAUGUUGUGUUUGUGGUUCUUGUAAUAAUCGUACAAAAAAAAUUGGUUAUUGUAAUAAUAGUUUUAUGCGGGAAGAGGGUUUAUGGUUAACCAGGAAAUUUGCUUUGGUGGGUUACUUAUGUUACUAAGUAAAACUUCUACUUUAUUAAAUCCUUUUGCUUGUUCUUUG